AUAACUUUCUUUACUUAUUGUGGUAUGUGUUGUAAGAGCUCGGCUUUAUUCCGCUCCUUGCUAGAGCGCGGUAUAAUCUGACAACGAUGACAGAUAGUCAGAACACAUACAGAACGGAGUGAAGCCAGAUCGUGUAUUACAGCAAGCUACCCACCACAAAUUGGCGACGAGGACAGGAUUAAUUUUCUUUAUUCCUAUUUGCAACACGAGAUUGAAGCAUUUGAAUUGAAAUAAAAUAGGGGAAUCAGCGAUGGAACCAAACAAAUUAUUUGGGAAUUUGCCACCACUGUCGUUAGCAGGCGUUCCCCUAACCGAGCGGCGAACAAAAUGGACGACUUGGAAACGGGGGUUCGAAAUUUGGUUGCGUACGGCGAAGAUAGUGGACGGAACGGAGAAAAAGAAUUUACUUUUAACUUGUGGUUCUCUCGAGCUGCAAGAAAUAUUUUUCAGCAUUCCAGAUGCAGAUGUAGAGGCGGACGUAGACCAGGGCGUAGACCCAUACGAGAUUGCUAUUCUUAAAUUGGAUGAAUAUUUCGCUCCACAAAGACACGAAGCACACGAGAGAUUUUUGUUUUGGUCAAUGAAACCGGAGCCGGAAGAAACGCUAGAGAAAUUUGUAAUGCGUGCCCAAGCUCAUGGCUCCAAGUGCAAUUUCGGGGCAACUGCGGCAGAGAGUGCAGGGAUUGCAAUCAUUGACAAAGUGCUUCAGUUUGUACCGGCAAAUUUGCGAGUCAAACUUCUGCAAGAAAAAAACUUGUCUCUGGACGAAGUCAUUAAACAAAUAAAUUCGUAUGAAACAUCCCGAGUUGCCAACGAACAAAUGAGCGGUAGGAGCAAAUCUUUUGAAAUAGAUAACCAACACAUCCAUCAUAUAAAAACAUUGUGUCGAUUCUGCGGUCGUACCCAUGGGCAACAAUCUUGCCCGGCACGAGACAAAACGUGCGCAAAAUGUGGCAAGCGAGGUCAUUUCGCUGUUGUAUGCUACUCAAAUGCUGGACAAACUUCAAAUAGACUACAUACGAAUCAAAGAAUGCAAAAGAGGCCGUUCGGAGGGCACUUUAAUGAUUCGGAACUAAAUAAGAAAACGGCAAAGUUUGCAAGGAAAAUUCACGCAAUCCAGGAUGACGGAAAUGAACCUCUUGAGUGUGAAUUAGUGGAGAUGGUAUCUUCGGCAAACGAUUCAGACGAAUUGAUCUGGGCGAAAGUAGGCGGUAUCCUUAUCGAGAUGCAAAUUGAUUCUGGAGUCCAAUCGAAUAUCAUAGACGAUAGAACGUGGGCGUCAAUGAGGAAUAACCAAGUCAAGAUCAUCGGCGAGGCACGGAGUCCGGAUCGGAAGUUCAAGGCAUACGCUCAGACCGAUUGUUUAGAAAUAAUUACGAUGUUUGAGGCGGAGAUAGCUAUUGCGGACGGGUUGAAAGAACUCCGUACAAUUUCCAAAUUUUACGUAGUUAAAAAUGGUCCACAACCACUUUUGGGAAAAAUCACCGCAAAACAGCUUGGAGUAUUAUAUGUUGGAUUACCUAGCCAGCAUGAAUCAAUCAACCAGGUUGAAACAUUUCGCGUGUUCCCCUCAAUUCGUGGAGUCAGCAUCCACAUUCCAAUUGAUAAGACGGUGACACCCGUAGCUCAGCGACUCCGACGAUUGCCUUUGCCCAUGCUAGAUAAAGUUGAUAGUAAACUAAACGAGUUGGUCGCUAAAGACAUAAUAGAGAAAGUAUCGGAACCGAGCAGCUGGGUUUCACCCAUGGUGAUAGUUGUAAAAGAUUGUGGAAGUAUUCGGCUUUGCAUAGACAUGCGGCAAGUUAAUAAAGCAAUUUUGCGAGAAACGCAUCCACUACCAACCAUAGAAGACAUACGUUGGAGAAUGAAUGGUGCUAAAUACUUUUCUCGCCUUGACAUAAAGGAUGCUUUUCAUCAACUACUGCUCGAUGAAGAAAGUAAAACUCUCACAACUUUUAUCACCCACCGUGGACUUUAUCGUUAUAAACGAAUGAUGUUUGGGAUUUCAUGCGCUCCAGAGAAAUUCCAAAAAAUAUUGGAACAAGUUUUGGCCGACUGUCCAAACACAGUCAAUUUUAUCGACGAUAUCAUAGUUACGGGAAAAACUGAGACCGAACACGAUUUAGCACUAGAGAAAGUGAUGGAAAAGAUUGAGGAAUAUGGCAUUUUACUUAAUCAAUCUAAGUGCGUUUUCAAACUCACAGAAAUCGAAUUCGUUGGCCAACGUUUUAACCAGAACGGAAUGCUCCCUGCACUAAACAAAAUUGAAGCAAUAAGAAGCUUUCGGCCACCCAAAAAUUGUGAAGAGGUUCGGAGUUUUCUGGGAUUAAUUACUUACGUGGGAACGUUCAUUCCAAACUUAGCUACAGUUUCAUUCCCACUACGCGAAUUAACAAAGAACAACGCCGAAUUCGUUUGGGAGCGAGACCAGAACAAAGCAUUUAACGAACUGAUCCGGUUAGUUUCUAACGUCGAAAGAUUAGCCCAUUUUGAUCCUCAUCUAAAAACCCGAGUAGUGGCAGAUGCGUCCCCAGUAGGGUUAGGAGCCGUCCUCCUUCAGUUCCAGAACGAGCAGCCUAAAGUAAUAGCUUAUGCCAGCAAGAGCCUAACGAGUACCGAGCAACGGUAUGCACAAACAGAAAAGGAGGCACUAGCGUUAGUAUGGGCCGUGGAACGGUUCCAAAUCUAUCUAUUCGGAAUACGAUUCGAGCUGGAAACGGACCAUAAACCUCUAGAGGCUAUCUUUAGCCCCACAUCUUCUCCUUGUUUGCGGAUUGAGCGUUGGGUCUUAAGGCUGCAGGCUUUUAGCUAUGAUGUAAUUUAUCGGAAAGGAAAAACGAAUAUAGCUGAUCCUCUGUCUCGGUUGUCAAGUCCUAUUGAAGUAUCAGAAUUCGAUCCAGAUUCUACAGUAUAUAUCCGCAGCGUGAUGGAAAAUGCUGCAAUCGAUGUGCAAGAGGUAGAGAUUGCUUCUUCGAAUGAUGCCGAAAUGCGGGCUCUUAAGGAGUGUUUGGAAAGAGGUGCGUGGAAUUAUACAGAUGAACUACUGAAACCUUACCAAGCAUUUCGAUUGGAACUCGGAACAGUUGGAGACCUAGUAGUCCGCGGUAGCAAACUAGUAAUACCGAAAGCUAUCCGGCAAAGAAUGCUAGAACUGGCACACGAAGGGCAUCCUGGACGCACUAAAAUGCAACAACGGCUGCGAUGUACUUGCUGGUGGCCAGGAAUGGAUGAAGCUAUUGCUCGACUGGUUAGCAGCUGCUCAGGCUGCCAAUUGGUCAGCCAACCAGAUAAACCGGAGCCCAUGAAGCGAAGGCCACUACCACAUAAGCCUUGGGUAGAUGUAGCAAUCGAUUUUUUGGGCCCACUACCAACUGGUGAUUAUCUACUAGUAAUCAUUGAUUACUUCAGUCGGUACAAAGAGGUCGAAAUUGUUAAGAAAAUUACAGCGAUUGAAACAUCUGAACGACUUGAACGAAUAUUUGUGCGUCUUGGCUAUCCGAGAACCAUAACACUCGACAAUGGAAGGCAAUUUGUGAGCAAUUAUUUUGACAACUAUUGCAAACAGCGAGGAAUAUUGCUUAACAAGACAACCCCAUAUUGGCCGCAAGAAAAUGGUCUGGUUGAACGCCAGAACAGGUCUUUGCUAAAAAGGCUGAAGAUAAGCCAGGCUCAGAACGGGGAUUGGAAAAAAGAUUUGGGGGCGUAUCUCUCCAUGUACUACGCCACUCCACACAGCACCACAGGGAAAACACCGAGUGAGUUGAUGUUCAACCGAAAUAUCCGGACAAAAAUACCAUCAUUGGGAGACAUCAGUACCGGAUCUGCAUUACCAAUGUCUGAUUACAGGGAUAGAGACACAUGUAUGAAGGAAAAGGGAAGAGUGACAGAAGAUCAACGACGCAAAGCAAAACCGUCUGAUAUAAUAGUAGGAGAUAGAGUCCUAUUGAGGAAUACAAUGCCAGGCAACAAACUGAGUACACCCUUUGGACCACAGAUUGCAAAAGUAAUUGAGAAGCAAGGUUCUCGCGUAACAGUACAGGAUGAGCAAAACGGGAAAUUAUAUGACAGGAAUUCGAGCCACCUAAAAGAGUACAAGGACCCAGACGAUCAUAGGGAUGGUUGUGAGAGGGUGGUGGAUAACCAGGAGGAAGGAGUAGGUUUUAAUGAACCAACGACCGAAGAGAUACCGAGAACACUCUCCCGUCCGAAACGAGAAAUUAAACGUCCCGCUAGGUUCCUAUCAUAGAGUAAGAGAUUGGGUGAAAUAAUCAGAUGAAAUCAAAUAGUAAAUAAAUAAUUUGGGGAAUUGUAUUUAUCGUUUAUUAUUCGGAAAAAAGGGAGAUGUGGUAUGUGUUGUAAGAGCUCGGCUUUAUUCCGCUCCUUGCUAGAGCGCGGUAUAAUCUGACAACGAUGACAGAUAGUCAGAACACAUACAGAACGGAGUGAAGCCAGAUCGUGUAUUACAGCAAGCUACCCACCACAAAUUGGCGACGAGGACAGGAUUAAUUUUCUUUAUUCCUAUUUGCAACACGAGAUUGAAGCAUUUGAAUUGAAAUAAAAUAGGGGAAUCAGCGAUGGAACCAAACAAAUUAUUUGGGAAUUUGCCACCACUGUCGUUAGCAGGCGUUCCCCUAACCGAGCGGCGAACAAAAUGGACGACUUGGAAACGGGGGUUCGAAAUUUGGUUGCGUACGGCGAAGAUAGUGGACGGAACGGAGAAAAAGAAUUUACUUUUAACUUGUGGUUCUCUCGAGCUGCAAGAAAUAUUUUUCAGCAUUCCAGAUGCAGAUGUAGAGGCGGACGUAGACCAGGGCGUAGACCCAUACGAGAUUGCUAUUCUUAAAUUGGAUGAAUAUUUCGCUCCACAAAGACACGAAGCACACGAGAGAUUUUUGUUUUGGUCAAUGAAACCGGAGCCGGAAGAAACGCUAGAGAAAUUUGUAAUGCGUGCCCAAGCUCAUGGCUCCAAGUGCAAUUUCGGGGCAACUGCGGCAGAGAGUGCAGGGAUUGCAAUCAUUGACAAAGUGCUUCAGUUUGUACCGGCAAAUUUGCGAGUCAAACUUCUGCAAGAAAAAAACUUGUCUCUGGACGAAGUCAUUAAACAAAUAAAUUCGUAUGAAACAUCCCGAGUUGCCAACGAACAAAUGAGCGGUAGGAGCAAAUCUUUUGAAAUAGAUAACCAACACAUCCAUCAUAUAAAAACAUUGUGUCGAUUCUGCGGUCGUACCCAUGGGCAACAAUCUUGCCCGGCACGAGACAAAACGUGCGCAAAAUGUGGCAAGCGAGGUCAUUUCGCUGUUGUAUGCUACUCAAAUGCUGGACAAACUUCAAAUAGACUACAUACGAAUCAAAGAAUGCAAAAGAGGCCGUUCGGAGGGCACUUUAAUGAUUCGGAACUAAAUAAGAAAACGGCAAAGUUUGCAAGGAAAAUUCACGCAAUCCAGGAUGACGGAAAUGAACCUCUUGAGUGUGAAUUAGUGGAGAUGGUAUCUUCGGCAAACGAUUCAGACGAAUUGAUCUGGGCGAAAGUAGGCGGUAUCCUUAUCGAGAUGCAAAUUGAUUCUGGAGUCCAAUCGAAUAUCAUAGACGAUAGAACGUGGGCGUCAAUGAGGAAUAACCAAGUCAAGAUCAUCGGCGAGGCACGGAGUCCGGAUCGGAAGUUCAAGGCAUACGCUCAGACCGAUUGUUUAGAAAUAAUUACGAUGUUUGAGGCGGAGAUAGCUAUUGCGGACGGGUUGAAAGAACUCCGUACAAUUUCCAAAUUUUACGUAGUUAAAAAUGGUCCACAACCACUUUUGGGAAAAAUCACCGCAAAACAGCUUGGAGUAUUAUAUGUUGGAUUACCUAGCCAGCAUGAAUCAAUCAACCAGGUUGAAACAUUUCGCGUGUUCCCCUCAAUUCGUGGAGUCAGCAUCCACAUUCCAAUUGAUAAGACGGUGACACCCGUAGCUCAGCGACUCCGACGAUUGCCUUUGCCCAUGCUAGAUAAAGUUGAUAGUAAACUAAACGAGUUGGUCGCUAAAGACAUAAUAGAGAAAGUAUCGGAACCGAGCAGCUGGGUUUCACCCAUGGUGAUAGUUGUAAAAGAUUGUGGAAGUAUUCGGCUUUGCAUAGACAUGCGGCAAGUUAAUAAAGCAAUUUUGCGAGAAACGCAUCCACUACCAACCAUAGAAGACAUACGUUGGAGAAUGAAUGGUGCUAAAUACUUUUCUCGCCUUGACAUAAAGGAUGCUUUUCAUCAACUACUGCUCGAUGAAGAAAGUAAAACUCUCACAACUUUUAUCACCCACCGUGGACUUUAUCGUUAUAAACGAAUGAUGUUUGGGAUUUCAUGCGCUCCAGAGAAAUUCCAAAAAAUAUUGGAACAAGUUUUGGCCGACUGUCCAAACACAGUCAAUUUUAUCGACGAUAUCAUAGUUACGGGAAAAACUGAGACCGAACACGAUUUAGCACUAGAGAAAGUGAUGGAAAAGAUUGAGGAAUAUGGCAUUUUACUUAAUCAAUCUAAGUGCGUUUUCAAACUCACAGAAAUCGAAUUCGUUGGCCAACGUUUUAACCAGAACGGAAUGCUCCCUGCACUAAACAAAAUUGAAGCAAUAAGAAGCUUUCGGCCACCCAAAAAUUGUGAAGAGGUUCGGAGUUUUCUGGGAUUAAUUACUUACGUGGGAACGUUCAUUCCAAACUUAGCUACAGUUUCAUUCCCACUACGCGAAUUAACAAAGAACAACGCCGAAUUCGUUUGGGAGCGAGACCAGAACAAAGCAUUUAACGAACUGAUCCGGUUAGUUUCUAACGUCGAAAGAUUAGCCCAUUUUGAUCCUCAUCUAAAAACCCGAGUAGUGGCAGAUGCGUCCCCAGUAGGGUUAGGAGCCGUCCUCCUUCAGUUCCAGAACGAGCAGCCUAAAGUAAUAGCUUAUGCCAGCAAGAGCCUAACGAGUACCGAGCAACGGUAUGCACAAACAGAAAAGGAGGCACUAGCGUUAGUAUGGGCCGUGGAACGGUUCCAAAUCUAUCUAUUCGGAAUACGAUUCGAGCUGGAAACGGACCAUAAACCUCUAGAGGCUAUCUUUAGCCCCACAUCUUCUCCUUGUUUGCGGAUUGAGCGUUGGGUCUUAAGGCUGCAGGCUUUUAGCUAUGAUGUAAUUUAUCGGAAAGGAAAAACGAAUAUAGCUGAUCCUCUGUCUCGGUUGUCAAGUCCUAUUGAAGUAUCAGAAUUCGAUCCAGAUUCUACAGUAUAUAUCCGCAGCGUGAUGGAAAAUGCUGCAAUCGAUGUGCAAGAGGUAGAGAUUGCUUCUUCGAAUGAUGCCGAAAUGCGGGCUCUUAAGGAGUGUUUGGAAAGAGGUGCGUGGAAUUAUACAGAUGAACUACUGAAACCUUACCAAGCAUUUCGAUUGGAACUCGGAACAGUUGGAGACCUAGUAGUCCGCGGUAGCAAACUAGUAAUACCGAAAGCUAUCCGGCAAAGAAUGCUAGAACUGGCACACGAAGGGCAUCCUGGACGCACUAAAAUGCAACAACGGCUGCGAUGUACUUGCUGGUGGCCAGGAAUGGAUGAAGCUAUUGCUCGACUGGUUAGCAGCUGCUCAGGCUGCCAAUUGGUCAGCCAACCAGAUAAACCGGAGCCCAUGAAGCGAAGGCCACUACCACAUAAGCCUUGGGUAGAUGUAGCAAUCGAUUUUUUGGGCCCACUACCAACUGGUGAUUAUCUACUAGUAAUCAUUGAUUACUUCAGUCGGUACAAAGAGGUCGAAAUUGUUAAGAAAAUUACAGCGAUUGAAACAUCUGAACGACUUGAACGAAUAUUUGUGCGUCUUGGCUAUCCGAGAACCAUAACACUCGACAAUGGAAGGCAAUUUGUGAGCAAUUAUUUUGACAACUAUUGCAAACAGCGAGGAAUAUUGCUUAACAAGACAACCCCAUAUUGGCCGCAAGAAAAUGGUCUGGUUGAACGCCAGAACAGGUCUUUGCUAAAAAGGCUGAAGAUAAGCCAGGCUCAGAACGGGGAUUGGAAAAAAGAUUUGGGGGCGUAUCUCUCCAUGUACUACGCCACUCCACACAGCACCACAGGGAAAACACCGAGUGAGUUGAUGUUCAACCGAAAUAUCCGGACAAAAAUACCAUCAUUGGGAGACAUCAGUACCGGAUCUGCAUUACCAAUGUCUGAUUACAGGGAUAGAGACACAUGUAUGAAGGAAAAGGGAAGAGUGACAGAAGAUCAACGACGCAAAGCAAAACCGUCUGAUAUAAUAGUAGGAGAUAGAGUCCUAUUGAGGAAUACAAUGCCAGGCAACAAACUGAGUACACCCUUUGGACCACAGAUUGCAAAAGUAAUUGAGAAGCAAGGUUCUCGCGUAACAGUACAGGAUGAGCAAAACGGGAAAUUAUAUGACAGGAAUUCGAGCCACCUAAAAGAGUACAAGGACCCAGACGAUCAUAGGGAUGGUUGUGAGAGGGUGGUGGAUAACCAGGAGGAAGGAGUAGGUUUUAAUGAACCAACGACCGAAGAGAUACCGAGAACACUCUCCCGUCCGAAACGAGAAAUUAAACGUCCCGCUAGGUUCCUAUCAUAGAGUAAGAGAUUGGGUGAAAUAAUCAGAUGAAAUCAAAUAGUAAAUAAAUAAUUUGGGGAAUUGUA